CGCAGGUAUAUAGCUAUACCAGUAACCAGUGCUACCACAAGCAGCGGGACAGCUAGUGCUCUUCGCGCACAAUGCUUCCGACAUCGUCGCUCUAGAGAUAUCAUAUCCCAGUCGUUUUCCCUCUCUCUCUCUCUCUCUCUCUCUAGAUCUUGCAAUUCCGGGUUCUGGUCGAGGUAAUCUCUCUCUCUCUCUCUCGACAUAUCUCUCGACAUACGCCAACGGGCAACGGCGGAAGAGAGCUACGCGAAUAAAAGUAGCGCUGUCGCACUUGGCGAGCAUCUCUCGCGUAGCUGCCGUACACAGCCGUAUAACUAUAUACUAUUGACGAGGAAAAGAGAGAGGGAACGAGCAGCGGGGGCAAAACGUAAGAGGAACGUCCAAAGUCGCGAGCGCGCGAGCGGCCAUCUAGAGCAGCAGCAGCAUCGUCGUCGUCGUCGUCGUCGUCAUCGUCCGAUCAGUGCAGAGAGAGAGAGAGAGACAGACCGAGCGAGAGUCAGCCAACGGAGAGAAAGACAGAGAAGUGGUCAGCUACAGCCGUUCGGUCUUGUGAUGUCCGGCGGCUCCUCCGUGUUGGAGAGGCUGCUAUUGCUGCUGUUGCUGCUGCUACCGCCGGGUCGCCCUUAGACGAUUCUUAGCUGAUCGAAGAUGCCGGUCAAGGUGGACGUGGUGCCGCCGCCACCGGCCAACUCCAAACAGCCGGGCGUCACCAAGUCGCUCCUCUAUAACGGCUCGCGCUUCCAAGGCUCCCAAAAGUCCAAGGGUAACAGCUACGACGUUGAGGUCGUGCUGCAGCACGUGGACGAGGAGAACAGUUACUUGUGCGGCUACCUCAAAAUCAAAGGUCUUACCGAGGAGUUUCCCACCCUGACGACCUUUUUCGACGGCGAGAUCAUCUCCAAGAAAUACCCGUUUCUCACUCGCAAAUGGGAUGCUGACGAAGAUGUUGAUAAGAAACAUUGGAGCAAAUUUGAAUCGUUCUGUCAGUACGUCAAGACAUUCAACUCUGACACUUUUGAUUACGAAGCACUGAAAGGAACUGACUACGUUUUCAUGAGAUGGAAGGAACACUUUUUAGUGCCUGAUCACACGAUCAAAGAUAUCAACGGUGCCUCCUUUGCGGGCUUCUAUUACAUAUGUUUUCAAAAAUCUGCCGCUUCCAUCGAAGGCUAUUACUAUCACCGUAGCUCUGAAUGGUAUCAGUCUUUGAAUUUGAGGCACGUGCCAGAACACAGCAUACAGAUCUAUGAAUUCAGGUGAAAAAGGAGAAACACGCCCCGUCCGUCUUCACGACAGCUCCGUGAUCCAUUCCUCACUGAACUUUCGUGGUGGUCCUUGUAAUAUUUUGCGUUCUUAUAUUAUAUUACUAUAUGUGUCUGUGCUUGAUAAACGGACUAGUGCCUCGAACGUCGGUGAGUGAUAGUAAAGCUAAAGCGCUUAAUUGUCAAUCGAUUUUAGUUACAUUAAGAGUAUCACUGCAAUCAUUAUUUUCGCUUUACCGCGCAUUUGUGAUCAGGUAUUUUAUUUUCUAAUUUUGUUUUUUUCUGCGACAGCUGUAAUUUCUAAUUUCAGUGCUGAACAUGUACACAAAACUUUUUUAUGAAUAGGAAUCAUUAGAAUUUUUACGAUUUUCAGAUUUAUGACUAAAAAGUGUGAAGAAAAUCCAGAAUUACCUCGUACUAGUCAAGCUACGAAAAGUAAAAAUUUAAUGCUUUUGCGAGCAGUGAUUACUUAGUUUGAAAAAAUUAAAACAAACAAAAUAUUUUAAAACGUUCUUAAAAGAAUUGAAAUUUAUUAAAAAAUCAAAAUAAUAGUUUUUAAAUUAACAGUUAUUUAAAUAUAUAUAUUUAAAAUUAGAAGCAUACUUACAAAUCACUGCUUCCAAAUAUCUCAAUGUGUGUAACAUUUAAAUAAUCAUUAUAAGGUGCAUUACCAUCAGUGUAUUGAACUUAAUGCAUCAACAGAACAAAGAGCAAUCUUUCAUUGAAUAAAAGAAAAUCAUAUGUAUAGAUAAUAAUAAACAAUACAAUGUAAGAAAGAGAGUAGAUGAACAAGUACGUAAGAGGGUGGAUCAUUGGAUUGAUUAUUAAUGAAGACGAUGACGACAAAAUUUGUUCUGUUUGGAGGAAUGAAAAUUCCGUUUGACUGUCCCAAUAUGCGUGUUGCCCGUGAUUCGAGAAUGAUCUGUAAACCACGAAAUAUUGGCAAUAGCAAAGACAAGGGCAAUUUACGUUUGCACUUACAGAUUUAUAAUUUAUUAAUUGUAAAAAGUAGUUUAUUGGGCUGUGUCUGUUAUAACAAGGAUUUAUUAAGUAAUAAUGCGAUCCGUUUAUUCAUCCAUUCAUAUAUUCAUUAAAAUUUUUUUUUUUUUCGUUUCAUAUGAUUUUUGCGAGAAAAUGUCUGACUCCAUGAAUUUUUAUUGUACAAAAUCUUGCGCUGAUUUUAAAUCGGAUGAACUUUUGUGUUUUUUUUUUAAUAUUUUUGCAGUUUUAGUCUAUUUAUGUACAUAUAAAGGCGUUAGUUUCUAUUAUCUAGAUGCUAUGGAAUACGCAUAUUGACGAAAGUACUUUUGUACAUCCUUCACUUUAUUCUCGCAUAAGCUUGAAUGGAUCGAGUGCAUGUAUUUGAUAUUUUGACAAUCCUCCGUUGUACAUAUGACACAAAAUGUCGCAUUUAAAGUAAGCAAAAACAAAAAAUUAAAAAUUCUAAGCAUUAACUCAAAGGCAGUAUAUGUUAGGACUUGAAAGAAAAUCACUGUCGGCUAAUCCGAUGUGAAUUAGUGAGUAGCUUCGCUUGAAGUAUAUAUUACUUGAAACGACUUUAUUGAUUAUUCCGCGUGUAAUAUACUUUAUAAUGUUCAAACACGCGCUGAAGAUAAUUCACUAAUGACAACGAUGAUGCUCAUAUACGUGAUUUCAUUUAAUCAAUAUUUUUUUUGUUUCUCCUUAUUUAUUAUCGAGACUAGUGCAAGAAGACGUGGAGGAAUUUCAAUGAAUGAGAAUAUAUUCACUGCGAUUUGUGAAAAUUAAAGACAAAUUGUAUGUGUAAUAAAGACUAGUGUUGUAUUAUAAAAAGAAGAAUGUUCUCUGA